AUGGAUGCCUGCCCCCGAUAUGAAUUUUACGCCCUCUCAGCACCGCCUGGACGUCGAAAGAUUCGGCCUACGCUUGACAUGCUCAGAAAUGCAACACUGGACAAAGGACAAACCUUCCCCGGAAGUCCAGACUCUGAUGAUCCCAGCAAGGAAGAUGUGGAGAAAGAGGGGGACGAUAAGGAUGUGGAAGCUGACAAACCAAAAUCAGAACCUAUCCGGUUCGGCUGGGUGACGGGCGUCAUGAUCCGGUGCAUGCUGAACAUUUGGGGCGUGAUCCUUUACCUGCGUUUGCCAUGGAUAACUGCACAGGCUGGUAUAGGGCUGACCUGGCUGAUCAUUUUAAUGUCGGCAGUGGUGACCAGCAUCACUGGCCUGUCCAUUUCCGCCAUCUCCACCAACGGCAAGGUCAAAGCAGGGGGCACUUACUUCCUCAUCUCACGUAGCUUGGGUCCGGAGCUUGGUGGCUCCAUUGGGCUUCUCUUCUCCUUCGCCAACGCCGUUGCCGUGGCUAUGCACGUGGUGGGCUUUGCCGAAACUGUCAAGGAUCUCCUGGUGGAGUUCGAUGUGGAGAUGUCUGACCCAGUGAACGACAUACGCAUCGUGGGUGUGAUCACCACCACUCUUCUGCUUGGCAUUACCUUCGCUGGCAUGGAAUGGGAAGCAAAGGCUCAGAUUGUCUUCUUCAUUGUCAUCAUCUUAUCUUUCAUCAGCUACUUCAUCGGAACCAUUAUCCCAGUCUCCAAAGAGCAGCAGUCUAAGGGACAUUUCGGCUAUAAAAGCGACAUCUUCUUGCAAAACAUCGUGCCUGAAUGGCGGGGAGAGGACGGAAGUUUCUUCGGCAUGUUCUCCAUCUUCUUCCCUUCAGCUACUGGCAUCCUGGCUGGUGCCAAUAUCUCCGGAGACCUCAAGGACCCUGAAGCGGCCAUCCCUCAAGGAACGCUGAUGGCUAUUUUCUUGACCACCAUGACCUACUUGGCCAUCGCUGCCACCAUAGGUGCUUGCGUGAUCCGCAACGCCAGUGGCAACCUGAACGACACCAUGAUGGCCACCAACUUCACAGGGGAUUGCGUCGGCUUGGGCUGUGGCUAUGGGUGGAACUUCACCGAGUGCGCCUUGAAUGGGACCUGCAAAUACGGGCUGGCCAAUGACUACCAGGCGAUGAGCAUGGUGUCGGCGUUCAGUCCCCUGAUCACGGCCGGGAUUUUUGCUGCCACCCUGUCCUCUGCUUUGGCGUGCUUUGUCUCUGCUCCCAAGGUCUUCCAGUGCCUCUGCCAGGACAACCUCUACCCCUUCAUUGGCUUCUUCUCCAAGGGAUAUGGGAAGAACAAGGAGCCUCUCAGGGCCUACGGCUUGACCUACCUCCUGGCUAUCGCCUUCGUCCUCAUUGCUGAGCUCAACACCAUCGCCCCCAUCAUCUCCAACUUCUUCCUCUGCUCGUAUGCCCUCAUCAACUUCAGCUGCUUCCAUGCCACCAUUACGAACUCUCCAGGCUGGAGACCUUCCUUCCGCUACUUCAGCAAAUGGACCGCCCUCUUCGGGUCCAUCAUCUCUGUGGUCAUCAUGUUCCUGCUGUGGGCAGCCCUCAUCGUGGUCGGGGUCAUCGUCGUGAGCUUGGCGUACGUCACCUACAAGAAACCAGAUGCAAACUGGGGUUCCUCAGUGCAGGCUGGCACCUACAGCAUGGCCCUGUCAAACGCCGUGAACCUGGUCAAUGUAGAAGAUCACGUCAAGAACUUCCGGCCACAAUGUAUGGUCCUCUCAGGCCCACCCAACUUUCGGCCAGCCCUGGUGGACUUUGCUGGCGCCUUCACUAAGGGUGUGAGCCUCAUGAUUUGUGGAAACGUCCUUGAGGAGCAAGGCGCGUCGUCCACCAACGAUCACGACGACCAGGUCCAGUGGAUGAGCUCGCGGAAGGUCCGCUCGUUCUACUCCUGCAUCACGACGUCCGAUCUGAGAGCGGGGGCCAGGAACCUCAUGCAGGUCUCAGGCCUGGGCCGUCUCAAGCCCAACACCGUCGUCCUGGGCUACAAGCAGAACUGGCAGGUGGACAGUCCCCACAACCUGGAGAGUUACGUGGGCAUAAUACAUGACGCUUUCGACAUCAGCGCCGGCGUGUGCGUGCUCCGGAUGCGCGACGGGCUGGAUGUGUCACGGAAGGUGAAGGCCCAUGGUGGGUUGCCUCCAGGAAAGGGCCAGGGCGGUUCUUGCACCGCCCCUCCAGGAACCUACCUGGGGUGGCUUGCAAAAGAAAAACUAGUAACAUCAAAAGAGUAAACGACCGUGUUCCAGGGCAAGCAGAAGAAGAAGAACAUCGACAUAUACUGGCUGUUCGAUGAUGGCGGGCUGACGCUUCUCAUCCCCUACCUCCUCACCCGCCGAAAACGCUGGAGCCGUUGCAAAGUCCGGGUCUUCAUCAGUGGGCAGAUCGCCAAUGCUGAACAGCAAAGAGAAGAGAUCCAGUUUUUGUUGAACAGGUUCCGCCUGGGCUUCCACGAGGUUGUGGUGCUGCCAGAAAUAAAGUGGAAGCCAGAGGAGACGAGUCUCAAAGAGUUCGAGGAUCUGAUAGCCCCGUUUCGCUUCAACGAAGGCCAGAAAGGCCAAGCAGCCGUGGAAGAGAUGAGAAAGGACGCGCCCUGGAAAGUCAGCGAGGAAGACCUCAGAAUCUACAAGAAAAAGACCGAACAGCACAUCCGCCUUCACGAGAUCCUUCAGGAUCAUUCACGCAACGCGGCCCUGAUCGUCAUGAGCCUUCCGGUAGUCGGGAAAGGGGCCUGCCCGAGCUCACUCUACAUGGCCUGGCUGGAGACCGUCUCCAAGGACCUCCAUCCACCCGUCGCUUUCAUCCGGGGUAACCAGCAGGAUGUACUGACGCUUUACUGCCAGUAGAGGGCAGCACCACUUCAAGA